AUGCUUACUGGUAUUUCAGUUGAUCUUGGAAGCAUAAAUGACCUUAGAAAAACUGCAGUUAUAAACAAUGAGCUCUCUAGACUUGAUGUCGACAUUGUUGCACUGCAGGAGACGCGCCUUGCAGAGGCAGCUAGCCUACGCGAGAAAGACUAUACCUUCUAUUGGCAUGGUAAGCCAAAAGAUGAGAGAAGGGAGCAUGGUGUCGGCUUUGCUGUGAAGAAUAGUCUGUUGAAAAUGAUUGAACCUCCAACAAACAGCUCUGAACGUAUUCUCACAAUGAGACUCAACACCACCACUUGCCCUGUGACACUCAUCAGUGUCUACGCGCCAACUCUCAUGGCCUCCUCUGACACAAAAGAUGAGUUUUAUGAAAAUCUCUGUGCCACCCUUCUGAAAGUUCCUCCAAAAGACCACGUUAUUCUACUUGGCGAUUUCAAUGCCCGUGUUGGUAGUGACUACGAGGCUUGGCCUUCUUGUUUAGGCAAACUCAAUGUUGGCAAAGUUAAUGAAAAUGGUCAGAGACUUCUUGAAUUUUGCACGCGUCUCAAUCUUUGCGUUGCUAACUCAUUCUUUCAGACUAAACCUCAGAAUAAAGUUUCUUGGAGACAUCCACGCAGCAAGCAUUGGCAUCAGCUUGAUCUUGUGCUUGUUCGUAGAUCAAACCUCAAUUCCAUCAAAGUUGUUCGUUCUUAUCACAGUGCUGACUGUGAUACUGAUCAUUUGCUUGUUUGUUGCAAAGUUAAGCUCUCUCCAAAAAAGAUGUUCUUUUCUAAGGCUAAGGGAAAGCCUCGUCUGAACACUGCAAACAUGCAGGAUCCUGUGCUUGUGUCACAAUUUACAAACCUUUUUGAAAAGGAAUAUUCAAUCAUAGAGUCAGAUCAAGCUGAAAAGCGAUGGCAGUCUUUGAAAUCUGCAAUGCACAGCUGUGCACUUGCAACCUUUGGUAGAAAAAAAACCAAGUCUUCUGACUGGUUUGAGACAAAGUCUAAGAUACUUAAUCCUGUUAUUGUGAAAAAGAGGCAAAUGCAGUGCGUGUACAACAAGCACCCCAGUAGAGAAAAUCUGUACAAGCUCCGGCAAGCCAGAAAUGAGGCCAAGCAGAUGGUCAGGCGUUGCGCCAAUGACUACUGGAUGGAGCUGAGUCAGCACAUUGAAAAUGCCUCUGCUACAGGCAAUAUCAGAGCCAUGUAUGAGGGCAUUAAGACUGCAACAGGGCCUACUCAGAUCAAAUCUGCCCCCUUGAAAUCCUCCUCUGGAGAACUUAUUGUGGACAAGGGUAAGCAGUUGGAUCGCUGGAAAGAGCAUUAUUCUGUCCUAUACUCUAGGCAGAGCUCUGUUUCUGAGUCCGCACUUGCUGCGAUGGAGCAACUUAGUGUUUUACAUGAGCUUGAUGAGAUGCCUACAAUCUCUGAGCUGAGUAAAGCUAUUGACCAGCUUGCCCCUGGUAAAGCUCCAGGAAAAGGUGAAGUGCCACAGGACAUGAGAGAUACUAAGAUAGUUACUCUCUACAAGAAUAAAGGUGAACGGAGUGACUGCAACAAUUACAGGGGCAUAUCUCUCCUUAGUAUAGUGGGCAAGGUAUAUGCAAGAGUUCUUCUUGUCAGGUUACAAAAUCUUGCUGAGCGUGUCUAUCCUGAAUCUCAGUACUCAGAGAUUAACAAGAGGAUAGGCAAAGCUGCAGGUACCCUGUCAAAGCUAACUGACAGAGUGUGGGAGAUCUCCACAUGGAAAGUCAGCACAAAAAUGUCAGUCUACAGUGCAUGUAUAUUGAGCACUUUGCUCUAUGGCAGCGAGACUUGGACACCCUAUGCUAGACAAGAAGAGCGUCUUCAGAUAUUCCAUCUGAGAAACCUGCGUUUCAUCCUUGGCAUCAAGAUUAACCGAAGGCGAAAACACGGUUCAUUUUCAAGAUCACGACUCUCUGAGGUAAACAGCAUAGUCUCCCCCUUAUAUAAAAAACAACAACAGGAACGCAAAGAAAAUGUAGAUCGUAGAAAACGGGCAUCUUUCCCUGAAAGUCACCAAUCGCCUACUAUUAGCGCAAGGAACAGUUCAUGGGGCGAGGUGUAG